AUGAACGGAUAUGGAAAACUUUAUUACCCAUCCGGCUAAUUAGCGUAUGAAGGUAAAUGGAAAGAUGAUAAAUUUGAUGGAAGAGGAGUUAUUUAUAAUGAAAAGCCUAUCCCUAUAAGCUAUGGAGAAGAAAUAGACUUUUAAGAUUUUAAUAAAAUGUCUGAAGAAUGGACAAAGUUUGACGGAGAAUUUAAAAUAGAUGAAAAAACUGGAUUUGGAACCUUUUAUUUCAGUAAUUCUUCAAAGUUUUAAUGUAACUUUAUGAACGAUAUGGCUGAAGGAGUGGGUACUUUCACAUUAUCAGAUGGAAAAACUCAAAUCGUUGGGGAUUGGAAAUAAAACAUUUUAGUUAAUAUUUACCAAUAAAAAUAAAUAAAUCAUUGA